AUGGUAGAGGUAUCGGAUCCAAUUUCCCAGCCCAAGGAGGCGCAGUCUUCUCCAGAGGCCUCCGGCAUCGCCGCUGCACGCACAGCGUCCCUAUGCGCCCUUGCGAAGAUGGACGUGGCAAUCCGGCGGUUGGACAAAUUCACAUCAACUGCAAAUGGCCUGGAGCGAUUCCUCGCAGUAGUCCAGUACAACUCUCAAAUGAUCCACUACCUACUCGCCUCUCCACCAUUGCGCGCACUCCUCGCGCGGGCGCACGCGUUGUCCCGGCCUUACGUUAUCAGGAGAUCCAAAUCACAAGCCCCUCCACCUAACACAGCACCAACACCGCCCCCGCCCUCGCCCUUCCUCGCGCUCUCCUCCCUAAUGUCCGAAACCCGCACAACCCUGCGCCUCCUGGGCCUCCUCUCGCUCUGGUCCUGGGGCUCCGCAACCCUCAGAAAGCCCCCCACCGACCCAAUCCUCUGCGCAAUCGCCUGCACCCAAGUAACCGCGAACGUCCUGUACCAGAUUCUAGAGAACGUGGCACAUCUGGCGUCCAAGGGCGUGUUGAACAGGCGAGCGGUGGAGCGGUGGGGGUCCUUGGGGAAGUGGUAUGUGUGGAGUACGCGGGCGUGGUUGGCACAUGUGCUGUUGGAGUUUGUGAGGGUUUGGAGGGAGUAUGUGUUAGCAAGGGAGAUGCGGAAGAAGAAUGCUGAGUUGCGGGGGGAUGUUGGGGAUACGGAGAAGGGAGGCCGGGAUGAGGAGGAGGAGGAGGAGGAGGAAGGGGAGAAGAAGAGUGCUCGGCGGGCGGAGGUGAGCGGGUGGAAGAAAAGCUUAUUGAAUAGCCUGGCCUGGCUGCCAUUGUGCGUGCAUUGGAGUUUUGAGGGCGGGGUUGGUGUGCCGGAUCAGCUUGUUGGGCUGCUGAGUAUGGCUGCCGGUGCAUGGGGGGUGCAUGAUAUGUGGAAUGUGACGGCAGCGGUGGUGUGA